AUGGGCUACCUCCUCAACGCCGAUGUCACCGUCCUCGCCAACUUCACGAAUCCCAACACCAAAGUCACCGUUGACUUUAGUUACGUCAUAUUGGAUCUUUACCACGACAGAAACUUCAUCGCCACGCGUUAUAUCGAGCCCUUUUCGGUGGUGAAGGGAGAGUCGAGAUUUGCUGACGUGCAUUUGAUGGCUAGCCAGGUCAGGCUAUCGAACGAGCAUAGCCUUGAGCUCAAGAAACAGAUGGAUGGUGGAAGAGUUGAGUUUGAGAUUAGGGGCUUGUUUAGGGCUAGGUCUAAAUUGGGGGGAAUAUUCCGGUACUCUUAUUGGUUGAAUGCACAUUGCCAGAUGGUGGUCGGUGGCCCUCCCGCCGGAGUUUUGAUCGGAAAUAAAUGUGUCACAAAGAGGUGA